AAGCCAAGAACAACCACCUCCGUCAUCGUCACCAGCAACUUCAAGCAGCAACAGGCUCAGCUUCGAAGCCAUUACUCUCUCUCUCUCUCUCUGCGUACCUGCUCGACUGCAUCCAUGGACAAUCGCAACGUGGUCGUCUGCGACAAUGGCACCGGGUAUGUCAAGUGUGGUUUCGCGGGAGAGAAUUUCCCCACGUCCGUGUUCCCGUGCAUGGUGGGAAGACCUAUGCUUCGGUACGAGGAGUCGCUGACAGAACAAGAGCUGAAGGAUAUUAUUGUCGGAGAAGCAUGUGCUGACUUGCGGAAUCAACUGGAUAUAUCAUAUCCCGUAAAUAAUGGCAUUGUGCAAAAUUGGGACGAUAUGGGUCAUGUCUGGGAUCACACAUUUUACAACGAAUUGAAGAUAAACCCUGCAGAAUGUAAGAUAUUACUUACCGAUCCACCUCUUAAUCCCUCAAAGAAUCGUGAGAAAAUGGUAGAGACAAUGUUCGAGAAGUACAACUUUGCUGGUGUCUUCAUACAAAUUCAGGCUGUGCUGACAUUUGACAUGCAAAAUCCAUCGUCACUGCAGGAGGAACAUGCCACAGGUUUGCUGACUGGAUUGGUUAUUGACUCUGGUGAUGGCGUCACUCAUGUGGUUCCUGUUGUUGAUGGUUAUUCAUUCCCUCAUCUUACAAAACGCAUGAACGUAGCUGGUCGGCACAUAACUUCCUAUCUAGUUGAUUUACUUUCACGGAGAGGGUAUGCAAUGAAUAGAACUGCUGAUUUUGAGACUGUCAGAGAAAUUAAAGAGAAGCUUUGCUACAUAAGUUAUGAUUACAAGAGGGAGUACCAACUGGGACUUGAGACUACCAUUCUCGUUAAGCAUUACACUUUGCCAGAUGGAAGGGUUAUUAAAGUUGGCACUGAAAGAUUCCAAGCCCCAGAAGCUCUGUUCACCCCAGUAAGUCGCUACCCCUCUCUGCAGUCAAUUCUCUUGAGACUUUUACAAUCCUCAUGUUCUUUUAAGGAACUCAUAGAUGUCGAAGGUGAUGGGAUGGCUGACAUGGUAUUCCGCUGCAUUCAGGAAAUGGACAUUGAUAAUCGUAUGCUGCUCUACCAACACAUUGUCUUAAGUGGAGGAAGCACCAUGUAUCCUGGAUUACCUAGUCGUCUGGAGAAAGAAAUACUGGAUCGGUAUCUGGAAGUUGUUCUCAAGGGAAAUAAAGAUGGCUUGAAGAAAUUGCGGUUGCGUAUUGAGGAUCCACCACGAAGAAAGCAUAUGGUGUACCUGGGAGGUGCUGUACUUGCAGGAAUCAUGAAGGAUGCACCUGAAUUCUGGAUUAGCAGAGAAGAGUAUCUGGAAGAAGGAAUGCGUUGUCUGAGCAAGUGUGGGCAGGCAUAACCCUUUAGAUGCAGUUCGCUGGUACACUUUUCUGCUGGCGCCAUUUGAUGGGUUGAUUCCUUGUGGAAAAAGAUGGAUUUAAGAGGAAUGUGCUGCUACAAAAGAAUCACCAAGCCACUCGCCCCUAUACCCAGCCACUGCAGAUCAAGUUCACUAUUCUGUAAUUCCAACAAAUUCUAGUGCCCAACCCAAAAGGGGCAUACAGGAUGAAGAUAUUUACAUGAGAUAGGAAGGCUUAUAAUUACAUCUUUGCUGUCUAUACAGUUUUGUAUUUGCCAGUGCUGGGAAUUCUUACCAACUGACUUCUCGAUAAUGGCUUGCAGGGAUUGUACA